AUGGCAGCAAUUUAUAAUAAAGUACAAAAUGAGAAUUACAUUCAAAGAGAUAUAGACAAGUGGAAUAAUCCAAUAAUAGAUUUAAAAGAAAUAAAAGAAUAUACAGGAAGACAAAGUGAAACAGAUGGAUGGAUAAGAAUAAUAGAACAAAUAUUUGAAGCAUAUCCUCAGUUACCAAAAGGAAAUGAACCAAAUAUGAAAGCAGAUGGAACACCUUUAGAUGGAAAUGCAUUGGCAGAUGAAGAUGAACCAGGAAUAGCAUGGACAACUACAAGAUUAGCAAACCGACCAAGAAAUGAUACAAAUUUAUCAAAUGUACGAAUAAAUAGAAUGUUAGAUGGAGCAAUAAGAAUAAAUGCAAUACUAACAAACAAUGGAGCAAACUUCUCAAGAAUGGCAGGACAAACAGGAAGACUAAAUGGUACAUUUGACGGACCAGUAAAUGAUUGCCAAAGAUCAAAACAAAUUAUAGAACAAAUAGCAACAAAAUUUAGAGGAGAAGCAAAGAUAGCAUGGGAAGCAUUAGGAAUAACAGAAAGACCUAGAACAUGGCUUGAACAUCAAUUUAAUGGAGCAGCAGCACCAAUUGGAAUGAAACAAUGGAUUAUAGAAAAAUUCUUAGGAAGAACAUAUAAACAAGAAAAAUAUGCAGAAUUUAUGAAACUAAAUAUGGAAAAAUCCAAAUAUAAAAGCAGUAUGACAGAAUUCAAUAUUCAUUAUAAUAAUAUGAUGAGAGAAUCAGGAUCAAAUACAAUGUUAAGAGAAAAUGCAAUAGAUCAUUAUUUAAAUAGAAUACCACCUUGGAUAGAAAAAGAAUGCAGAAGAUUGAUAACUACAAAGAAUAUAGCAGGAUAUCUUUUAGAACAAGUAGAUAGGAAAUUUAAUAUAUCACAAGGGAUUACAAAGAAAAUGGCAUAUGCAAUAAGAAAAUAUCUAACAGGAACAGCAAAAAAAUUCAUUGGAACAAAAUUAAAAGAAGUAUUAGCCAAUUAUGUAAUAGAUAAUACAUUAAAUCUGAUAGAAAAGAUUGCAAUACCAGAUCAAGUAUUGGAAGACUAUAGAAACAGAUUUUUACAAUAUAUCUUGAAAAAGACAAAUAUAGUAAUAAGGAAUUUUGCAGAAUUAAGAGAAAUUUCAAAUAUAAAAACUCAAGAAGAAUUGAAAGAAUUUAUAGAAGAACUCCUUGAGAAAGAAGAUGAAAUUAAUGAAGAAAUAGAAGAAUUAGGAGAAAAUUGGGGAAUAAAAAUAGAAGAAUGGAUGAACCCUGAAUCAGAAGAAUUUGACAAAGAAAGAAUGCAAGAAUUUGAAGAACAAAUAAAAGAAUCUAUACAAAUUUUUAAUUAUUUAAACCCAUUUAGACAAAGUUUUAAAGAAAGAUACAAUAUACCAGAAAAUCUUCAAUUUAGAAGAAGAGAGGACAAUACAUGGAACCAAGAUGAACCAAUUAAUAUAUCAAGAGAGCAAAAACAAAUACCAUGGUUAAAGAAUAACACAUUUGUUAAAGGAACAAUUACUUCAUGGCCUAAUCAACCACCUAUCCUUACAAGGAAUGUAAUGGGAAAAGAAAGUGAUACAGAAGAACCACCACCAACAUUUACAGAGGAACCAAAAGAAACAGAAAAGCAAAUAGAAUUUAAUCCAAUAACCCCACAAACAACAGAUGACAAAAAUAACCAAUUUUAUAAUAGAGAAAAAGAAAGAGGAAAAUAUUCAAAAAAGAAAUACUCAAGAAAGGGUAGAAAACAAAGAAUUCAAGAACAAGGAAUAGAAUAUAGCAAAAAGGAACAUACAAGAAGAGAUCCUAGAGGAAAACAAUCAACAACCACUGUGAUAAGAAGAACUCAAUCACAAACCUCAUCAACAAGAGCAACAGUACCACCAAGAAUCAGAAUCACCUUAGGAAAUAGAGCAAAUACAUUUCAAAGAUUAUAUCAAUCAGGACAAAGAGGAAGUACAUUUACUGCAAUAGGAAGAAUAAAUAACAAAGAUGUUAGAAUUUAUUUUACAACAGAAAGAGAUUUUGAUUUAAUAUCAAGUAGAAGUUUAGCCCGACAAAUAGGAGGAAGUAAUAUAACAUUAAAUGGAGAAGAUCAAACACUAGUAAGGGAUGGAUUACCAGUAGAAAUAUCAAAUACAAUGAAUAUAAUUGAGAAGAAGGCAGAUGACGAAGUAAUAAUAGAAUUUGAAUACUUUAUAUUGAAAUUAGAAAAAGUGUUUAUAUCAGGAGCACAAACAACAGAAGAUUAUAUAACCAUAGGAAAUAGAACAAUGAAAGAACACCAAAUGCAAUUUGAUUUUUGGAAAAAUCAAUUCAGUAUAUCAAACCCAUUACAUCAACCAAGUCAAGAAAAAACAAGAUUAUAUGCAAAAAAUAUUUAUGAUAAUACAGAAUUUGCAAAUAAUUUAAGCCUAUCAGAAAUGGGAUAUCAGACACAAGACUCUGAAUCAGAAUCAAAUCUUUCUAAUAUAGAAAUGAUGGAAGAAUAUCUUGAAGAAGAAAAAGAAUAUAAAAAACCAAAGCAUGAUGGAAAAAGAUUUGUAAUAAUAAUUUUAAAAGAUGAAGAUGGAUGUUGGAUUUCAAAAAGAACCAAUAAAAAGAAACCAUAUUAUAAAUUAUGGCAAUUUCCAGGAGGAAAAGUUGAAGAAUAUGAAACAUAUAAAGAAGGAGCAAUAAGAGAAUUACAAGAAGAAACAGGAAUCAAAAGAGACAAAAAAGAGUUAGAAUACAUAUUUACAGAUAGAUAUGAAGGAAUAACUUGUCAAAUAUUCAUGAUAAGACUAUAUAAAGAAAAGCCACAGCAUUUGGAAAAGGAGAAAAUGACAGAAUGGAGGAAAAUAGAAAAUAAAGAAUUAGAGUCAUAUAAAAUGACACCAUCAAUAGAAAAAAAUAAAGACUUAAUUAUAAAAGAAUUGAAUAAGGAAGAAAUAUUUGGAACACCACCAAAAGAAUAUCUAGUAAAAGAAAAAUUUACACAAAAAUAUGAUGAAAUAGAAAAAAUGAAAGAACAUAAAUCAAUAAGGGAGAUGACAAAUGAAGAAUUUUUGUCACAAUUUAAAAACCUACCAGAAAUAAAAGAAUUUAAAGAUUUAUUAAUAUAA